AUAAAUUGAAAUGUAACUUGAACAUUUUUCAAUGUAGCUUUGCAACAUUGUUAAUAGAUUUUAUAUCAUGGACUUCAAAAUUGUACUGUUAUUUUGUUUAGUAUCUAAUAUACUAUGUGAUGAAACUUCAGAAUUAAAAAUUAAUCAAAAUGGUCAUCAAAUUUUAAACAAUGAGCAAAAUAAUUUUGGAAAUGGCAAUUCAAAUGAAGAGGAGAUGUUUGGAAGUAAAUUAAAUAACGAAAAUGAAUCUGAAAAUCAGAUUAAAUAUGAAAAUAGUGAAACUGAAAUGAUUGAAGAAACUGACGGACAAGAUUAUAAAAUUGAACAAGGAAAUGCAAACGACCAUUUUGGAAAUCACGACAUGUUUGGGCCUUCACACGGUGGACCACCACAUCACGGUGGACCACCACAUCACGGUGGACCACCACAUCAUGGUGGACCACCACAUCAUGGUGGACCACCACAUCACGGUGGACCACCACAUCACGGUGGACCACCACAUCACGGUGGACCACCACAUCACGGUGGACCACCACAUCAUGGUGGACCACCGCAUCACGGUGGGCCACCACAUCAUGGUGGACCACAUCAUAAAGGGAAAUUUCAUGAACAUUCCCAUGGAGAGAAUUUUCCCAGUGGGCAAUCUCACGGAGAAAGUUGUAGUGAAGAAAGUUCAUACAGAGGGCUAUCUUACGGAAGGCAACAAAAAAGUUUAUUGAAUGGAAGACCAUCAAAUGGUAUGCCAUGCCAUAAUAUGUUACAAUCACAACAAUAUGGUAAGCAAACGUCUUACGGUAUACCAUCAAGCAAUGGAAUGAAUAGAAUGAACAUGAAUGAUCAUAAGCCAAGUUACUCAAUGAGUGACAUGAAUUACGGUAAUAACCAACAACAUAGGGGAAAUCAAAAUGGAUUUCAACACCAACAAAUGUCCUCCAGGAAACAUAAUUUCAAUAGUAAUGGAGAAAACAUGGAAAGCAGAGGAUAUUAUGGUAAACGGCAAUUCCAAGAUAAUAAUCAUUUUAAUAAUAAUGGAGAAAACAGCUUUGGAAAUGAAAUAAACUCUGAUGGAGGCUUUGGAAAAAACAAUAUGGAUACCAUGGAUAACUUUGGAAAUCAAGGAAGAUUCGGAGUCAAUAGAGGACGAAAACAUUGUAAUGGCAAUAGUUGGAAUAACAUGAAUAACGAAGAAAACAUGAAUCCAAUGAUGGGACCAAAGAUGAACCAGAAUGGUCAUGAAUCGUUUAAUCCUCAGUCAUUUGGAAGUAAUCAAUAUAGUUCACAAUGGGAUCAGUCAGAAUUUAACGGAGGAAUGAAUCAAAAAAAAAUGUUAACCCAAUGAAUAAAAACCAACAUCAAUACUAUUAACGAAAGAAAACUUUAAUUAAUUAGAUUUAUGCAUACAUCUAUUUCAAGGUUUUUUUACCUUUAAUAAAAAAACUUAAGUUUCAAAAAAGUCAAUAAAAAUUGUCCAUUCAA